GCUGGCACUUCAGGCAAUCAUGUCUGGACGCGGUAAGGGUGGAAAGGGUCUAGGUAAGGGAGGCGCUAAGCGGCACCGUAAAGUGCUGCGCGACAAUAUCCAAGGCAUCACAAAGCCCGCCAUCCGGCGCCUGGCCCGACGGGGUGGUGUCAAGCGCAUUUCGGGACUCAUCUACGAGGAGACCCGCGGCGUGUUGAAGGUGUUUUUGGAGAACGUCAUCCGUGACGCCGUAACCUACACCGAGCACGCCAAGCGCAAGACGGUCACCGCCAUGGACGUGGUCUACGCGCUCAAGCGCCAGGGCCGCACUCUCUACGGCUUCGGCGGCUAAAGCCUCAUUUCUUUUCUUUCUAAAGGCCCUUUUCAGGGCCGCCCACUUGCUCAGAAAGGGCUGUGCGUGGCUUUUGUAUUGUAGUCGUACUACAGUUAUAAAUCUUGAUUUAAACGCUAACGUGGUUUUACCUUGGGUAGUAACUAGGGAAAAUGGUCGGCUCCUUUAAGGACAGGCGUCCCUCUGUCUGUCUGUUGACAGUGUAAUAAGCAGCGCCUACCUUCCGCCAAUCAGGAAGGAGCAUAGAGACUGCAGACUGCGUGGGCCUGAGGCUGGAAUAUGGAACUGGAAAGAAAAGAUGUCUGGAAGCCCCCGGACCCCCAAUGGAGGACUGAAAGGUCAGGAGUCCCCAGCUCGUUAACGUGAGAGGGAUCCCGCCUAUCCCACGUCCCUUGUAUAAGGAGUAUCAACUAGGCUGUGGUUUAGCGAGGAGGCAGUUGCUCUCCCGUGUGGCAGUAGUCCUUAAGUACCGCGAGCUCGUUUUUAGCCGUAGCAGCGUUAAAUAUUUGUUCAAAUUACGAGAGCCUGCGAAUGUGCUGUGCUGCCAGCCGCUCGCAGGAAGCCAGAUAGAUUAAAAGAGGACAUUGCCAGCAAGACUGUUAAUUCUUUUUUGUGUGUGUGAGGAGGAUCGGCACUGAGCUAACAUCUGCCAAUCCUCCUCUUUUUGCUGAGGAAUACCGGCCCUGGGCUAACAUCCGUGCCCAUCUUCCUCCACUUUAUAUGGGACGCCGCUGCAGCAUGGUUUGACAAGCGGUGCGUUGGUGCCCGCCCAGACCCGAGCUGGCGAAGCCCAGGCCGUCCCAGCGGAGCGCGCGCACUUAACGCUUGCGCCACGGGACGGCCCCUGAGUUAAUUCUUAUUGUAUUUGUGAAACCCAGCAUGAAAAGGUUAAAAAAAUCUUCCCUGGGCUAGAAAGAGCAAAAACUUUGAGAUAAGCUUUGCUAACUGCAGCUGUGCAUAUUCAGUAUAAUCAACUUGUUUAAAACUAACCAGGCCUUUCUGUCCCUCCUUAGUAUAUGAGUGAGCUGUCUUUCCCAGGAAAUCAAGGUCCAGACACCAAGAUAAAGACUCACAAGGCCAAAUGCAGGCUGAAGAUGAAAACUAACCAAAAAAGUCCAGACAGUUAAGGGAAAGAAAUUCAGACUUCAAAGCCAAACGCAGGAUGGUGGUGAUUCGGGCUCAAAACAAGCUUGACAUAAGGGAAGCCAUAUUGUAGAAAAGAAAAAUUCUAUUGUAACUUUGAAUGACCUCUGACAAACCAACCCAGCUGGAUAUGCACCCUACAGGAGAUCUAACUGCUCUGUAGAUUUUAAGACCCCUGCUUCAGCAUGUACCUCCCAGCUGCGAUAAGAUGAUAACUGCUUUUCUGAGUUCCUUAGGAAUGUGAUGACCCCUGAACAGAGAAUCUAUGCUGAUAGCCAUCAUCAGUGAAAACUGAAAGAUCUGGUGUGGCACACCCAGUCUGUAACACCAGAAGGUCAACAUUCCUAACCCCCUCCCCAAUAACACAAUGGCCUAUAUAACUGCUGUAAGAUUUCAUGCCCCCUUAAGAUGGUUUUUUAGACAUUACUCAGCCAUCUUCCCUCUUGCUACAAGCUGUAAUAAUAAAGUCCUUUUUCUCCUACCACCUUCCCUCUUGACUAUUGGCAUGUCUUGUGGUGAAGACCCCACGUUGGUGAGUAACAGCGGGAAGG